GACACAUUCUUGCGCUGACACAGUAGAGUCUGAGCUGGGGAGCUCGCCCGGGAGAUAAGGGUCGACGCGAUGCCCCCACCGGCCGGCUCCGGGGACCGGCGCCAUUCCAUGUCCCUGCUUCCGCGCCCGCCGUCGGCCAUGAUGCCGACAAGGACUUAAGUUGCUCACGGCAACAUCACGCAGCGUGGUGUAUCUCUCCUUUACACCUCCCUCGCCAGGCUCUGUUCCUCGAGCUUGUCUUGCCCGCUGCAAUGGCCCACCCCACGCCUGCCAAUGGACACGCCGCGCCUCACGCCAAUGGCUCCGCAACCGAGCGGACGCCUCUGCUGAACGGCGACAACAGCGUACCUCAAGAUGAGGAGCAGACCGUCGUCGUCGAAGAGAUCAGGGGCUCCAAGCUCUAUCUCAUCCUGGGCACCUGCUAUGUGGGCGUCUUCCUCGGCGCCAUCGAUGCGACAAUCAUCGCCACCUUGUCAGCCCCGAUUGCCAGCGAGUUCAAGAGCCUCAGCCUCCUGUCCUGGCUCGCGACUGCAUACCUCAUCGCCAACGCCGCCUGCCAGCCCAUCUCCGGCCGCCUCACAGACAUCUUUGGUCGCGGACCUGGCCUCGUUUUCAGCAAUGUCUUCUUCGCUGCCGGCAACCUGGUCUGUGGUCUGGCGCGGGACGAGGGCUCGAUGAUCGCUGGUCGCGUGAUCGCCGGCAUAGGCGGUGGUGGUCUCAUGGCCAUCUCGACCUUUACCGCCUCGGAUCUCGUCCCGCUGCGCAAUCGUGGUGUCAUCCAGGGCGUCGGCAACAUCUGCUACGCCGGCGGCGCCAUGCUGGGCGGUCUGGUCGGCGGACUCAUCAACGACCGCACCGAAAUGGGCUGGAGGCUGGCGUUCUUGCUGCAGGUGCCCCCCGUCUUGGUGUCAGCGUGCCUCGUCGCAUACCUCGUCCGCAUCCCGCCCAAGAUCUCCGACAAGGGUUACCUCGCCCGCAUCGACUUUGUCGGCGUCUUCUCGCUCAUCACCUUCCUGGUGCUGCUGCUUCUCGGCCUCAACGCGGGCGGCAACAUCGUCCCCUGGAGCCAUCCGCUGAUCCUCGCAACAUUGCCGCUCUCCGUCGUCGCCCUGCUCUGCUUCAUCUUUUGGGAGUCGCGGCACAAGCAGCCCGUGAUUCCCGUGCGUCUCCUGCUCGACAGGACCGUCGGCAUGGCUUGCAUGACCAACUUCCUCUGCACCAUGGUCAACUUCUCCAUCAUGUUCUUCGUGCCUUACUAUCUCCAGGUCAAUGGCAACAGCGCGACGCAGGCGGGUCUCGUCCUCCUCUUCGGCCCGAUCGGCGUGAGCUUCUCGUCUGUGGGCGCCGGGCUCAUCAUGAAGCGCACGGGCAAGUACCUCGCGCUGGGCAUGAUCUCGGUGUCGCUGCAGGUGAUCGCGACCAUCAUCCUCGUCACCCUCGACGAGCACACUCCCAAGUGGCACCUCAUGCUCGCGCACCUCCUGCUCGGCGCGGGCAUGGGCGCGAUGCUGACCGUCACGCUGCUCGCCUGCCUCGCGGCCGUCGACCACUCCCAGCAGGCCGUCAUCACGAGCGCGACCUACGCCUUCCGCUCCGUCGGCAGCACGCUCGGCAUCACCGUCUCGUCGGCCGUGUACCAGAACGUCCUGCUGCAGCAGCUCUGGGGCCGCUUCGGCGACCUCCCCGGCGCGGCCGACGAGAUCCAGCGCAUCCGCGACGACAUUGGCGAGGUCAGGCACCUGCCGCCCGGCUGGCGGGACGGCGUCAUCGCGUCGUACAUGGAGGCGUUCCGCAGCGUGUGGUUUCUGGUCAUGGCCCUUGCCGUGGCCGCGCUGGUCGCCGUCUCGCUCCUGAGGCAGCACAAGCUGCACUCGACCAUGGCGCGGACCGACGAAGACGGGAACGAUGUCGAGGAGGCUGCGCGGGAGUAAGCCAUAUAACGAAAAGCGCUUGAAAAGUGCAUGAAAAGUGCGGGACGAAGGUCGGCGGCCUUACGGGACACCGAUAACCUUUUUGUCCCCUAGGCUAUGGAUGUAACAGCAAGCCUCUUGUGUAUCUGGGCUUGUCUGGCGAGAAAAGGGAGACUCAGGACACCUGAGCAUUGGAUUCGACCAACUUGAGAAAGUGUGGAUAGAUGUGGUAGUUGGAAGCUAUGAUCGCGUUCUAGUCAGUCCUUCGAGAUUGAAGACUGGAACGCGAUGUAAAUGGGCAACAGCAUGAAUACAUGGAGAGAUAUAUAGGGUCGGAAGGAGACUCGCGAGGAUAAAGAGUAGAAAAAUCAAGACCAUAUAUCCA